AUGCCUGUGGCUCACCGGCCCGCACCCUCCUUAAGUGGACUACCUCGCAAAGCAACGGGACAAGCAGAAGCCGCUGCUGCCGUACUAAACCGGGGCCACGAUUUCAGCGUGCAUCUGGGGACCGAAGCUCGAGGACAGCAGCGUCUCCAGCUACGGAUGGGCCAGAGGCCAGCUGAGACAGGACCUGCAGAGCGAGCAACCGCUCGAGACAUGCCCGCAGGACACGGCCGUGAACAGUGUCAUAGCCAGGCCCAGCGCGUCGAGAUCGACAUCACGGGAAAGAUCAGGGUCAAGGAUGGGAAGCACUCGCAGCUCGCAAAGGUUCGGCUGCCGAUGCCGUCUGGUAUGGCCCUGACGGCCAAGUUCUAUGGUCCUCUGUACCUGGACAUUGAGAACGCACAGCCCGACGUAUUCAGGAUUACGUACGUUUCGUGUGACCGCAAGGCAUUCAUAUAUCAUCAAAUCAAGCCGAAAUGGGAAACAGUCGUCCCUCGCUUGCACGGGUCCUUCAGGGCUGAGGUGCCCGUCCCAGGGCGAGCUGGGAGCUCACGUUACGUCCAUGCUAUUCUUUAUGAAAAUACGUGCCUGUAA